CUCCACCCCGCCGUGUCAGUUGUCAACAUUUUCAAGAAUCUAACCUUCCAGGAUCUCCGAAUUUACACUAUUUCUCUGUCAGUUCCGGAGGUGUCAAUCCCACACGUGUGUUUAAUUUAUCAGAAUCACAAUCUUCAGAUCUACUAACCACCUGUACUGCCUAAUAAAGCUUGCCACGUGUCUAAUAGCAUUGUUGACAAACGGUUUGAUAAUAUGCGAGGAUUCAUCAGUCGGCACUUGUUAUACUCACUUUCUUUUUUUAUAUUUGCUGUCAUCAAUCCGGUUCCUGCUUCCCUGAAUUUUCAAACCGAAGAACAAUUGAAAGAGGCGAAACUCCCCUCUUGUGCGGCUUGCAAAAUACUCGCUGAGAGCUUCAAGAAGGGAAUCGAGAAGACAAAAAGAGGAAAAUUUGAGGGUGGAGAUACAGCUUGGGAAGAAGAUAAACUAUCAUCAUACUCAAAAAGUGAAGUACGAUUAACAGAAAUCCAAGAAAACUUAUGCAAAGAUGUAAAAAAAGGAGAAACCCAGUGCCACGAUCUGGCGAUGGAGUUAGAGAAUGCAAUUGAGGAGUGGUGGUUCAGCCACCAAGAUGCCUAUCCAGAUAUUUAUUCGUACAUUUGUAUAGAGCACGCGAAGAGGUGCUGCCCUAAGGAUCACUACGGUCCGGAAUGCGCCGAAUGCCCAGGUUUUCCAGAUAAGGUGUGCAGUAAUAACGGAAAGUGCAAAGGGGCCGGAACGAGGAAAGGAAAUGGCCAGUGUCUCUGUGAUAAGAAUUACAGGGGAGAGACUUGCUCAGAGUGUGCUCGUGGUUAUUAUGAAUCCUACAGAGAUGAGAACAAAUUACUCUGCUCUGAUUGCCAUCCAUCGUGUGCCGAUGGAUGCACGGGAGGAGGCCCUGGCAAGUGUCAGGGAGGCUGCAAAGACGGUUGGCGAUUAGUUGAAAAGGAAGGAUGCGUGGAUAUUAAUGAAUGCUUGGAGAGCAAAAAAUAUUGUCCCGGCAAUCAGUUCUGUGUUAAUAAGGAUGGCAACUACUCGUGCUUAACUUGUGAUAGGGCCUGUAAUGGCUGCGCCGGAGAUGGGCCAGAUAUGUGUACAGACUGCGCCGAAGGGCAUCAUAAACAAGAUAACAUUUGUAUAAAUUCAGAUGUUUUGGGACGUAAGAAAACCGAGAAUAUGGCUCGAUAUGCUACUUAUUUCGGUUUGUGUGCUGCAACGUGUAUUAUACUCCAGAAGAAUGUUUACGCAGCUAGUGCAAUUGGGUUGCUCGUUGGACUCUACAUAUCCGUCUCCGAAUACAUGAUUGCUACCACUGGUGUCCAGAACACAUCACCAAAUUUCGAUAUUUUAAGACCGAUUGUCUAACGGGAGAACUAUGUGUAUUGUUCAUGUAUUUAUGUAUUUAUGAAU